AUGACGACUCCUACUUCUUCUCCGAAUCGAGGUAAGGGACAAUCGAUUCAGCAGCGGAGGUUAACUAGACAGAAGAGGCUCUGUUACCCAACCGAUCAUCAAGACGGUGAACCCUUUCUUUCCACGGAAGGCGUUUCGUUUUCUUUACUGGGUUCGCCUCUGAGGUCUAGCUCUGAUCAUUGGUCUUCUUCGGCUGUUCCGUUGCCGCUUCCGUUGCCGGAGUCGCCGUUGACUCGACGACCGGAUCAUCACGCCACGUUACCUUGUGCCAGAAAGACGGUGGAUCAUGAUGCUGUGAGAAGUUCAAGGUCUUCCAGCAAUUUAGGUCGACCGUUUUUUGCCACGACGGGAAAUGCGAAGAAUGAUUUAAGAGUGAAUAUUCCUCCUGUUAGAAGCUUGGUGACGAGCAAGAGCUCUUGUAAAGAUACUAGAAAACACUCUCAUGAUAAUGAAUGUGAAGGUGUUACCGAUGAGAGGUUGCAAUUUGCUGCUAGGAGUGCCCCAACGAGUAUGUUCUCCAGUCCUGUUACUAGUCCGCGCAGAUUAAGCAAUGUAGAUUUAUUUGAUCCUUCCAUCAACUUUCCUCAAGAUUUUAAUGACAUUUUGAGGAUGCCUGCUAAAACGUCUCAUAGUCCUGACUUGUCUUCUCGUCGUAGCUUGGGAAACCACAGUCCUAAACACCACUACACUAUUCAAGGGGGAUCUCAUCCACACCAAUCUAAAAUUUGCAUUAGGGUGUGGCCGGAGAAUAACCAUGCCGAUGCACAUCCAUUGCCUCUUCCACCGAGAGCUUCACCACAGCCACAACAAUCACCUUCACAACAUCAAUCAAGUGCCACGAUGCAUCACUCAACAGAAAAUUUUCAUUCAAUGAAGGGCCAAUGGCAGAAAGGAAAACUAAUUGGACGAGGAUCAUUUGGAAGUGUUUAUCAUGCAACAAACCUAGAGACUGGAGCCUCAUGUGCCUUGAAAGAGGUAGAUCUGUUUCCUGAUGAUCCUAAAUCUGCGGACUGUAUAAAGCAACUCGACCAGGAAAUAAGGAUUCUCGGUCAGCUAAACCAGCCCACAACACAACAACCCGCCAAACAAACUCACGCAGGCUCCACGCAUUUCCAUUACAAAACCAGCGGCAACUCGAAUUCUGCAACACUUUCAAUUAUGCAACCCACCAUCGGCCAAGGCCUGCAAAACGUAACAAACGUUACAAACCAACCUGUACGCACACUUCCACAAAUGUGA